AUGGGUAAGAAAGUUGCACCAUCUCCAUUCGCCACCAAACAGUCGAAGUCUACCAAGACUAAGAAUCCUUUGAUCGAGGCCACUCCAAAGAACUUUGGUAUCGGUCAGGCUAUUCAACCAAAGAGAAACUUGUCAAGAUUUGUCAAAUGGCCAGAAUACGUCAGAUUGCAAAGACAAAAGAAGGUUUUGUCUUUGAGAUUAAAGGUUCCUCCUGCCAUUGCCCAGUUCUCACAUGUUUUGGACAGAAAUACUGCUGCAGAGGCUUUCAAGUUGUUGAAUAAGUACAGACCAGAAACUGGUGCUGAGAAGAAGGAGAGAUUGACAAAGGAAGCUGCUGCUAUUGCUGAAGGAAAGAAGAGAGAGGAUGUUAGCGAAAAGCCAUACGUUGUCAAAUACGGUUUGAAUCAUGUUGUUUCUCUCAUUGAGAACAAGAAGCCUAAGUUGGUUUUAAUCGCCAACGAUGUUGAACCUAUUGAGUUGGUUGUCUACCUUCCAGCAUUGUGCAGAAAGAUGGGUGUUCCAUACGCUAUCGUUAAGGGAAAGGCAAGAUUGGGAACUUUGGUUCACAAAAAGACUUCCACUGUUGCCGCUUUGGUGGAUGUUAAAUCUGGGGAUGAACCGGACUUGGCUAAGUUGAUUUCCUCUAUCAACGCCAACUUCAUCGAUUCCUUCGACAACAACAGAAGACAUUGGGGUGGAGGUAUUAUGGGUGUUAAGCAUAUUGCUAAACAGGCCAAGAAGGAGAAGGCUAUCGCCAGUGAAGUUGCUGCCAGCAAGGCUUAA